AUGAUAGUUCUCUCAUAUAUUUCUGGCCGUAAUUGUUGUACUGACUUAUUUUUAAGAUUCAUAUUUAUUGUGAUCUUGUUACUUUGUAAGCGUAUUUAUUGAGGGGCUUUCUUAGUAAUGACCGAGCUUCACGAAGCAGCAGCAAAAGAUGACGUGAAAACACUCCAGUGUCUUCUUGUUAAAUCAGAUAUUGAUGUCGACGCAGAGGAUUGGGACUGGGGCAAACGAACUGCCUUGCAUAUUGCCGCUUGUAAUGGGUCUACUGCAACUGUCAAACUUCUUCUUGAUCAUGGUGCUGAUAUGGAGAUGCGGAUGACCGGAGGUUGGAUCCCGGCACAUUGUGCUGCUGAAGGUGGUCAUGUUGUCGUAUUGAGAUUACUGAUGGAAUACAAGUGUCCAAUGAAUGUACAAGAUGAUUCUGGUGAUACUCCAGUAAACAUUGCUACUGUAUAUGGACAUAAAGAUGUUGUUAUGUUGCUUCAAAAAGCCAUCAAAUAAGCUAAUUUCUAUUCAUUGUGUUACAUUUAAGUUACAUUUACUCGGUAUUACAAUGUAAAAAGUAAAUUUCUGUAACCUUAUCUAGCAUAAUACAGUUGCGUUUUUUCUGCUUGUC